GUACUGCUGCGUUAGGUGAACUUUCGCCACAGAGGCCGUCGAAUGCGCAUCCAUCGGCGAUUGGGCCCAGAGCUGGGAGGCGGAUUACUACGAUUGCGCCGUCUGAUUUGGGUAUGCCUAUACCGGAGCGCGUUGGGACCAUGGUCUUCGAUCAUGCUACGGGCAGAUGGGUGAGGCAGGGCCAUGAUUCUUCAGACGAUACAACGGACGUCUUCGGAGAUAUAGACAGCUUGCGAAGCGGGGACAACGCCAGUGUCAGCGGUUUCGGGCAGAGUACAAGCUCGACCGAGUCAAGGUCGCUACCACUCCCAGACGCCAGCGGAUACGCUGACCAGGACGAACUACUACAUUCCCAUCUCCCCGAGUCGUCGUUCUUGAGCGACGAGUACCUACCUCAGGAAGAAUUCGACAUCGACAUCUCUUCAGAACCUCCUACUGGCCAUGUUGUACCCGUCAUGACGGGGCAGAUGUCGUUCAUUGACGAAGAGGAAGGCGAGUAUAUCGACUAUAGCUACAUGGUUCAGCAGUCGCCUGGUCAGGAGCAGCGCUACUCGUCCUUCACCACGUCGUCCUCGGAUUCGGAUGUGGACGACGUGACUCAUACCGAUCGUCCUUAUCUGGAGCAACAGCAGCAACUGGCGCAGUUCCGCGCGAGGACAAGGAGUGCGGACGCAUCCAGUGAUUCUACCGACGCUGGCGACGAACCCGAGCCAUAUGCUCAUGUUGAAGAGAUCAUGGACGACGAGGAUGGGUUCGACGACGAUCUUCCACCAGAGGACGAGGAGGAAGAAGAGGAAGACGACGACGACGAUACGGAGCGACCCCAUCUCUAUGCUCCGAAGCCUGAGCAUCCUCAGACCAAGAUCGAAGAGACGUCCCCAGCUGGCCUAGGAUAUUUGGCUCCGCCGCCUUCGUCUCACCCCGGUUCCUCCCCCAUGUCUCAAAGUCCUUCCGCAGGUACGCUCCGGUCUGCGCUCAAAUCCAAUCCCCUCAACUCGGGGGCACAAGCCUCGCAGCCGUCUGGUUCAGGUUACGCGGGCAGGGAUAGGAGGCCACACCGUCGCAGCGUCAGUUUCUCGGACGGGCGCUUGGACGGUCCGAUCCUUGGCCUCGGGGACUCGACAUCCUCUGCGGACACGCAAGACAAUGACCAGGCGGUCGAGGGCGACGAGGAUGAUGAGGUGUGGUUGGAGCAGAGCACGCGUACCAAUCGCCUCCUGCGGGAUCUGCAGGGGCUCGCGCUUGAGGACAGCGUGAUUGGCGAGCCGGACGCGCCGCAGCGCAAUCGUUCCUUCCAGCGAACCAUCUCCAGCUCGGCCCUGCAGUUCAAUGGCGACGACGCGGAUGCGAGCUCGGGCCCGCGCCACAGCUUCAGCCGGUUGGGCCCCGACACUUCGUCCUCACACUCGAUGCGCGUGACAUCCGUCGUCGUCGAUGUUUCGCCCUCUGCGUUCCCCGUGCCACCCGGCAGGCCCUUGAGCCACGAAGAGCGUGUUCUGAGGACACAGACGAACACGCCAAACGUGACUCGUGGGACGGCGAUGUCUGCUUUCCCAUCGUUCUCUCUGGCCAGGUCGGCGUUGAUUCGCGCGUUGACGGACGUGGUGCCGUUCAUACCGUACUGGGACACGCUGCGUGAAGUCGACUUGACAGUCCUCGGUGCACCUGAAGACAACACAGGGCCCACAACCGGCGCACCACGAGACGGUAGCGGAGCAGCUGGUAUGGAAGUACGCCGCCAACAAGCAGCGCGCGAAGAGAGGGACGAGGACGACACGGGGUCUACGAACCGGGACGCCGAGAUGAGCCUUGCCGCCAGCGGAGAGAUGAAGCACGGUCGCCGCGGACAGAAGCUGGAAAGUCUGGUAGGCCUUGAGGACUGCUGCCCGGUGCUCGUAGGUGUGCGAGUAGCGAACAACGCGCUGACGUACCUCACGGGCCUCCCUCGUACGGUGCUGCGCCUCGACGCCGCGCACAACCAGCUCUCGGAGACGACGAGCUUCGGGGAAUGCUGCGCGCGCGUCGAGGCCCUCGAUGUGCGCGGGAACCGGCUCGCGGGCGGCGCGGACAAUCUGGCACCGCUACAGGCGCUGCGUACGCUGGACGCAUCCAAGAACCGGCUGACCUCCGUGGCGGGGCUGCAGCGGCUGCGUAAUCUCGUGCGCCUUGACCUGCACGGGAACCGGAUCGAGGGGAAAGUGCAGAUUGGCGAUUGGCCCAAACUGGAGUACCUGAACCUCUCCGACAACAAGAUCACACACCUCCAGGGCCUCGACCGGAUGCCGGCGCUGGUGGUCUUGGAUAUCGACAACAACGACCUCGCCGAGCUUGUUCUCCCGCGCGGCGCUUUGACGCGGCUCCGCAUCCUCCGGCUCAGCGGGAAUGCGCGCGUGCGGAGGGUCGACGGGGUGGACCGACUCCCGUCGCUAAGGGUGUUCUACGCGGACGGGUGCAGGAUGGAGGUUGGGGCGCUCGUUGGCCCUGAGAGCAACCGGGAUGUCCGAGCAGACAGGAGCAUUGAGGACGUACCAGGCGACCCAGAUGAGAACAACCUAAGCUUGCGCCGCGCACCGAGGUUGAGCGACCUCGAUUUGCGGAGAAGUAGCUCGUCGGGUGCAACGGAUGGACCGAGGACAGCGUCGGGGUCGUCUGCGAGGCGCUGGCCGGUGAAGCUGGAGAAUCUGAGUCUGCGGAAUCAGUGUCGCGAGCGAGGCGCGGCGAGGAAGAGGAGGGAUGCGGUGGACUUGAUGGCGUUAACGAGCGAUGUGCGAGAUGUGAAGAGGUUGUACUUGAGUGGCAACGCCAUCUCAUACUCACCCGUUUCGCGCGCCGUGCCGUGCUACAGCCUCGUCUACCUUGAGCUCGCGGCGUGCCGACUGACCGCGUUGCCGGACGCGUUCGCGGGCCUCUUUCCGAACGUGCGAGUGUUGAACCUCAACUACAAUUUCCUGGCGGAUCCAGAGGCGGCGAAGCUGAGGGGCUUGGUAAGGUUGAGGAGAUUGAGUAUGGUUGGUGGGCGGGUCGGAGACGCGAAGGUUUUGGUAGGAAUCGUGAGCGGGAUGCACGAAGUGGAGAGCGUCGACUUUCGGAUGAAUCCGUGUACGCUGGGAUGGUACCUGCCUCUGCUUGUGAAGGACGUCCCUGGGGCGCUGUCGCCGUCCGCGGCGGGGGAGUGGGCGGAGAUGGAUGCGAAAUUCCGACGGGACCUGCCUGAUGAGGCGUACAUUGGGCGGCUUGCAUAUCGUGGGCUGAUGAUGCAGCGGUGCGGGCAGCUGCGGACGCUGGACGGGGUGGGCGUGACGGAGAAGGAGAGUCGCAAGGCGGGGCGGCUGCUGAGCGCGGUGCGGGGGGCGGGGACGGCGGGGACAGGGGCAGCGGGCGGCGGGGGUUCGGGAUCGGCGGCGGCGACGGCGGCGGGGGCGGGGACGACGGCCGGGACGGGACCGGGUCGGGCGUAGAUGAGUCGGCCGCGGAGGCUAGCAGCGACCGCGGGCGGGGGGCGACGGACCGUGUUCGGGUCGCGACGCCGCGUUGAUCGCGUACCUGCAAU